AUGGCUGAAAUUCUCGCCAGAAAUCCAAUUGCUCUCCGGCGGUUCAUAGUUUAUGAGGUGCUUGGCAAGGUGCCAGUGUUCGAAGCAUACAAUAACUUUUGUAAAAGAUUUGGAGAGGAUGUAAUGAACUAUGUGGAUUAUGAGUUUUGGUAUUAUCGAGCUCUUCAUGGAGAACUAGAUGUGAAUUAUGAUAAGAGUGUGACUCCAAGACAGCCUGCGUUGCUGGAAUUGCCUAUGGAGAUGCUCUGGUCAAUCUUCGAGAAAGCGAGUCCAAUCGAGAGGCUUAUCGUGAGAAAGGUGUGUACAAGACUGCAAACAUGCAUUGAUACGAUGUACAACAAAAUCGACGGAAUUCGUUAUAACUCUGCUUAUGGUCCCGUCGAAAUAAAGUACGAAGAGGAAGUAGUGAGAUAUCAAGGGAACACUGACUGCUCGGUCUAUCGACUUUUCCGUCAGCCACUCCAUAGACCUGCGGUCGUAAAGAAUGUGGAUCAAGUUGAGCUAGCUAUCCGUGAUCUCUCAAUUCCAUUCCGUAACCCAAACCUUCGAUUGAAAUCCCUAGACAUCCAUGUUGAUUUCGAUAGAAUGCCCCGUUUUCAACAAGUUUUCGAGUCAUUGAAUCAUCAAUUACACGUGGAAAAACUAACGUUUCGCACUUGGAAAAGGAUGGAAGAGACUAUGAUUCUUCCAUUUCUGAAGUCUCGGACUCUUAAAAAAAUAACGAUUUACAUGUGGGAGAGCGAUGAACCAAUGAGAGAAAAAAUGGGUCGAUUGGGCCAAAUAACUCAAUGCCGAGAAGCCGAAAUGCUUAAAAUCCAUGGGAAAUAUGGAGAAAACUUUCCGAUUGAUUGCUUUCUCAAUUGCCAUGGAUUGACACUUUCCGACUACCGUAGUUUUAUUAGAGCUGAAACCACUAUCAAAUUUAUUGGGGUCCUUCAAACUUCGACAGUUUUGGAAUCAUUUUUAGUUGAGAAAAAAGAUUCUGAAGAAUUGCUGAAAGCUAUCAGAGAUGGAGGCAGACCAUUGUGGAAUGGUGUGGAAACAAGACUCGGAUCUUGCAUCUUCAAAAUUCCAAUCGCGAAUUCUGAUAAGUUUUGGAAAUUGGAUUUGAGCGGCAAGAUGGUUCACCUCGAGCGACAAUGA